AUGGCUUCCAUAAGCUUAGAAGAGCUUCACCUCUACCACGCCAUUGAUAGAGAGCUAUUCUCCCGUUUGCUGAUCAACCUCUCACUAGACCCAGCCCAGUCUCUUCUAAUCAUUUCCCUUUGGCUAUGGCUCGAAGAACAGGGCUUCACCAAUUUCAUUUUCAAAAUCAUCCCUUUCCCCGACCACUUCAUCAAUUCCUUAGCUAAUGAAGCUCUUUUCUGUCUCAACUCCCUCGAUUUCGAUUCCCGACACGGUGGUGGGCCCCGCCCCACUCUCCUUCCGCCUGUCUUUCCGGCCACCUCCUUGGUGGCCGGAACAGAAAUCUCAAUUGUGUUGUUCAUACGAAACCGGUUCAGAGCAAUCAGUGGAGUCAAGUACUUUCUCACCAAUGUCUGUUCUCGGGUUUUUACCGACAUUUUGGAGACUGUGUUGGGAAGAACCGAUUCUCAAUCAGAUGCAGCUUUAGUGAUUAAUGGGUUUCCACAUCCGGUUUUUGGUUCGAUCAGAAUUGUUCCCAAAUGCUUGGACCAUACUUUUCCGACCGGUCGGUUAUGGGAGUGGCGAAUGUCGGACGGCGGCAUAGUGGAGGACGACCGGACUCUGUUUCUGACAUUUUCGCGGGGGUUUCCAGUGACGACGGAGGAAAUAAAGGGGGUUUUUACAGAGGCGUUUGGGGAUUGCGUUGUGGGUAUUCAGAUGGAGUUAGUUCCGGUCGGCGAGCAGCCGCUGUACGCUCGAAUGGUGAUGAGUUCGGUGGUGGCGGUGGAUCGGAUCCUCGACGGGAAGCGAAUUGCUAAGUUUCGUACUAAUGGUAAGCAUAUUUGGGCUCGGAAAUAUGAACGGAGAUCGGAAUUAUUGACCGGAAAGUGA